UUCGGAAUAUUUAGUACAAACGCUCGGUUUAAAGAAAAGCGAUGUAUUAGCAAAUUCGACCGGCCUAGGCGGUGUUAACACAGGAAAAAUAAAACACAUCGUCCGUUUCGAAAUCAGCUCCAAACAAAAUCCAACGUUCAGUAUGAUGUUGAUGAUAGAGAGUCCAGUCACCAAGAAGAUAACGCAACUAUUACCAUCCACAUUCAUAGCACGCAGAGGAUGGAAACAUAUCCAGGAUUUACCGUUGGCUGAUCCACAGUACUACAUUCCUGCAAAAAUUGAUUUAUUAUUGGGAUCGUCAGUAUACGGGUAUCUGAUGUUACCGGGUUUGGUGAAAUCGUCACCACAAGAACCAGUAGCCAGGAACACCGAAUUUGGUUGGAUCAUCUCUGGACCAGUACGAAGUCCGACGGAACCGGUGAAUAUAUCAACGUUCCACCUGCGGAUAGAUGUGGAUGAGCAAUUAAAAAGAUUUUUUGAGCAAGAGGAAGUAUCGAAAGAGAGAUUGUUGACAAAGGAAGAAGUCGAAUGCGAAAAUUUAUAUAUGAGAACAUACAGCAGGAAGGAAGACGGACGGUUUGUGGUGGCACUACCCUUUAAAGGCAAUAUGGAGGCUUUAGGAUCAUCAAGAGGUCAAGCCAUUUCACGUUUAACAAAAUUAGAGGAACGAUUCAGUAGAAACCGCGAACUGAAGGUCGAAUAUAUGGGAAUUUUGAAAGAGUAUGAGCAGCUGGGACACACAACAGAUCUGGGUCUUCUGAAAAACAGCAAUUUGAAUCAACAAAGUUAUUAUCUACCACAUCAUGCGGUUUUCAAGCCGGAAUCUACAUCAACAAAAACUAGAAUCGUGUUCGAUGCAUCGGCGAAGGGAACAGGAGGAUAUGCGUUAAAUGAUUUGCUAAUGACUGGACCUACACUUCAAGAAGAUUUGAGGACGAUCUUGAUACGGUGGCGAGUUUGUCGAUUUGCUGUCGCAGCGGAUAUAAAGAAAAUGUACCGGCAGGUCGAAGUUCAGGAAGAAGAUAGAAAAUUUCAAAAGUUUUUGUGGCGAGAUGAUGAAACGGGAGAAAUUCAUGAAAUCCAGCACAAUAUGGUAACAUUCGGAGUCACAUCGGCUACAUACUUGGCAGUCAAGUCGUUGCAACAAUUGGCAAAGGAAGAGAGCAAAGAUUUUCCACGAGCGGCUGAGGUAGUGCAAAAAGAUUUCUAUAUGGAUGAUGGGAUGUCAGGCGCUGACACCGAAACAAUGUGCGUGAAAUUAUGCAAGGAUUUGAAGGAGUUAUUGAGUAGAGGAAUGUUUGAAUUGAGUAAAUUCAUCUCAAAUUCGGAAAAGGUUUUGGAAAGUAUACCGGAAGAGGAUCGAGAAAUAAAACUACCGAUGGAAAUUGAGACGGGCAGUACAGUGAAAACGUUGGGAAUACAUUACCACCCAACAUCAGAUGAAUUUAGGUUCAAAAUUAAUUUAAAAUCCACGAAAGAUUGGCCAACGAAACGAACUUUAUUGUCGGAGACUUCAAGAUUGUACGACCCGUUGGGUUGGUUGGCACCAGUAGUCAUUACAGCGAAGAUAUUGUUCCAAAAACUCUGGGAAGCUGGUCUCAAAUGGGACGAGAAAUUGCCAGAACACAUCGCUAGGGCGUGGAUCAAAAUCCGUGACGAGAUGCAUUUGAUGGAAGAAUUGAGCAUAAAUCGUUGGAUUGGUCAAGGGUGUCAAACUGAGAAGUUCGAACUACACGGAUUCAGUGAUGCGUCAGAGGACGCUUACGCUGCAGUAAUUUAUUCUCGACUCGUCGGUCAUGAUGGAGCCAUUCAGGUGACACUAAUAUCAGCAAAGACAAGAGUGGCACCAUUGAAACGUGAAACUCUGCCGAGGCUCGAGUUAUGUGGCUUGGUCUUGUUAACUGAUUUGAUGUCAGAAGUACAAAAGGCAUUACCAGUCGUUGAAGAAAAUGUACACGCAUGGACGGAUUCUACGAUCGUCUUGGGUUGGUUAAACACGAAUCCAGCAAGAUUGAAAACUUACGUGGCAAACAGAGUAGUACAAGCAAACAAUUUCUUGAAUGGAAGCCAGUGUCAUCACAUCGAAGGCACAAAGAACCCGGCCGAUUGUGCUUCGAGAGGCCUUGAUCCGAGUGACCUUAAAUCGUUCGAAUUAUGGUGGAAUGGACCCGAGUGCCUGAGAGAAAGUAAAGUUUCAUGGGAUCAAGACUUUGUUAUUCCUCCAGUCACAUUGGAAUUAAAAACGAAGACAAUUCUAACAAAUUUGAAUGUCGCCAAGGGCGAUCUGGUGCGAUUGCUGGAAAGGUAUUCUGAUUUCAACCGUGUCGUACGGAUCAUCGCCAUAUGUAUGAAAGUUGUGAACAGAAUGAAGAACAGUAGAGUGACUAGGGUGACAAUGCUAUGCCUUACGUUCAUCAACAAUUUGCGAAACAGCGUUCGAAAACCCCGAUUGAUCAUCACAGCUGUGGAUCUACGGUUAGCCGAAAUUCUGAUAAUCAAGUUGAAUCAGGAGCAAGAUUUUCCGAGGGAAAUCCACGAUUUGUCGGACAAUAAGGACAUUAAUAAGAAAAGCCGUCUGCUCUCCUUGUGCCCAUUUCUAGACGAGCAUGGCUGUCUACGAGUUGGAGGUCGGUUCAAGGAAGCAAAUUUACCGUACGAGAGGAAACAUCCAUUGAUUAUAGCGCCUGGUAGGCUGGCCGAGUUGAUCAUUGCCGAUCGACAUAUGAAAACGUUGCACGGCGGCAUAAAAAUAACAAUAAAUUUGGUGAGAGAGAGUUAUUGGGUCUUGAACUUGAGGAGUCAAGUCAAGCUUUGCAUUCGUAACUGCGUGAAGUGCAUACGGUAUAAAAAGGAAACAAACAGUCAGAUAAUGGCUGAUUUACCGUCAUCGAGGGUGAACGUUGCCCUUCCGUUUACGUUGGUCGGUUUGGACUACGCGGGACCGUAUGACAUAAAGGCGUCGAACGUGAGGUCGCCACCUAUCCGUAUAAAAUCAAUCAUGAUCGAUAGAAGACUGGUAAAAGCUUUACCGAAAGUACCGGUGUACGAGGGCUACAUUGCUCUGUUCGUCUGUAUGGCAACAAAGGCCGUGCAUUUGGAAGUAGUGAGCGACAAAAGCACGGAUGCGUUUUUGGCAGCGUUUGAUCGAUUUACUGCUCGGAAAGGUCACCCAGAAUGUUGUUUCUCGGACAACGCUUUAACAUUUGUUGGGGCCAAAGGUCUCUUGGCACCUGAACCGGAGAAAUCUCUGUUGGACUUCAAUAAAGUCAACCAGCACUCAACAAGGAACGGGACCGAUUGGAAAUUCAUAACUCCCAGGGCACCACACCACGGUGGAAUUUGGGAAGCUGGGGUCAAAUCGAUGAAGCAUCAUUUGAAACGAGUUAUUGGAGCAAAUGUAUUGACGUUUGAAGAGAUGUCAACUGUCACAGCAAGGGUAGAAGCGUGCUUGAAUUCGAGACCAUUAUGCCAGUUGAACGACGAUCCAGAUGAUCUCUCGGUUCUGACACCAGGACAUUUUGUGGUGGGAAGACCUUUGCUAGCGAGACCAGAUAAAAUGGCCACGUCGAAAACCAUUGGAAAGAGGGACAGAUGGCGGCUAGUGGAAGCCAUUCAACGUGACUUUUGGAAGUCGUGGAGAGACGAGUACCUGAAUGAGUUACAAGGCAGACAAAAGUGGAGAGUGCCGAUGAGGAAUUUCGAAGAAGGUGACAUCGUAUUAGUGAAAGAAGACAAUAUGCCAGCUCUGAAUUGGCCAUUGGGUCGGAUCGUCAAGGUUCAUCCGAGUACCGACAACAAUAUUCGAUCAGCGACGGUAAAAAUGACGAGUGAAAGUGGGAGGCUGACAGAAUUAAAGAGGCCGAUCGUGAAAUUGAUUCUAUUACCGGUCAAGGAGGAGGAAGUUAUUGAAAUAGCGAACAAUUAAAAGGAGUUGAUCGGAUAGGAGAGGAGGAGAAGAAGUUAAAGCAUCAAACAUAAAAUAAAGAGAAAGUGAAGGAGCCAAGGCGCA